UUGAUUAUUCAUGCCUGUCGAAGACGAAAAAAUCUCAACCUUCUCUACAAUUUCGUGCAACCCUUUCUCCCCGACAGAGGUCGUGCAACCGUUUGACUAAGGCAGAGGACAAAAAAACAGAUGUCUCGAGCUCAGUGAGAUAAUCGGAGAAGUUAUAACCAACCCUAGUGAGGAAGACGCGCCAAGUAUAUUUUGAGAUCUUUAAGAUCCAAAAAGUUCAACUUUUUAGAUGUUGAGAUUUCGAAAAUGGCGCAAUUUUGGAAAUUUUUUUCGACCAUCCAGAAGACGGAUAUGUAUAUAAUAGACGAAAAUAUGAAUGUAAUUAAUUGUUGUUUUUGAUAGAUUUGUAAUAAUGGUAAAUAUAACCAAUUUAUGCGUAAUUUUCUCUUAUUGAUAUAUAAAAAUAUUUUUUAAAAAUCGAAAAUGACAAAUUUUUUUAGAUAAAAUUUUAGACCAUUAUUUUUUUUACAUUUUUUUUUUUUUUGAGGAACCAGCACUCUACGUCUUAAAAAGAUGGAUGUGUGAUGUCUACGAAAGGCACAAAUUCUUUUGGCAAAACAGGUUCAUUUUUUAUCCGCUUCAUAAUAAUAUUUUUAAAAUAAAAAGUUAAUUUUAAAAUUUCAAAUUCUUACACAGCUAGAUCAAGCCAUCCAAUGGUCUCUCUUCAAUCUGAGAACAGUAUUUUUCGGCCACACAGAGCUAUUAUUUUUUUCCUUUUUUAGAUGUUUACAUCCCAUAUAUGCAGACAAAUUUAGAAUGAAGUUCAAAUUCUCCAUUUAAAUAGCACAGAUCAUGGAGGGUUUGCAAUUUCCAGGUAGAGUGGGGGCUCAUAUUACUCGGUUUCGAGUCAGAAAUACACAUAGAGAGUUGGGGCUGUUUAUCUUGCUCUAAUCAUUUUCUAUCUCGCAGUUGUUCUUGAAUAUCUUUGUAGCCGAGGAUGUUGUUUUGCUCGUUAAUUCUCAUGGAUUCAAGGUCUCAUUGCUCCUCAUUCCUAGAGUUAAAGAGAAAAAGUAAUGAGAACUCUAGGUUUUCUGAAUCCGAAUAAGCUGCAGAGAUCAGCAUUUCUGAACCAGGAGAAUCUCGAAUUUUACUGCUUCAUACUCCUGAUAGCUGUUUACUACCCUCUAUGAAGAAAAGAGGUACAAUCCAAACCCCCCUAAGCCUAACCAAAAUUUGGACGAAACUAGAAACUCAUGUGCAAAACGACUAUCAUCAUUGAAACACUAUGCCAUUUCCUUUCGCACCCAGCCCCCACCCUAGCCACCCUCGCCCAAGCCCACACGCAUGUGCUCACCCUCGGCCUCUCACACCACCCUGCCUUUGUGGCCAAGCUGGUGACCCUCUAUGCACGGCUCAACCUCCCUUCCUGUGCUGCACGUGCCUUUGAUGCCGUCCCCUCACACCAGGCCGAUACCUUCCUAUGGAAUGCUCUCAUCCAAUCCCAAGCAUCAAACAACCUUCCUUACUUGUCCUUGUGCACCUACAUGCGCAUGAGACGCUCGUGCGUCGAACCUGAUGGCUUCACUUAUCCCCUCAUUUUGUCGGCUUGUGCCAAGGCCCACGUACCAUGGCUUGGCUUGUGCGCACAUGCAACAGCCCUGAGGCUUGGCUUGGUGGGCCUUGACCCAGCCAUUGGCUCGGGUCUUAUGUAUAUGUAUGCAAAGUUUGGGUUUCUUGGUCUGGCACGCCAAGUGUUCGACGAAAUGUCUGAGAGAGAUGAGGUUUCUUGGACCACUUUGAUUGUUGGGUAUGUUCAGAAUAAACACUUUGAGCUUGGGUUGGGCUGCUUAAAAGCCAUGGUUAUAGAAGGUGGGGUUGAAAAGAGGCCUGGUUAUAGGGCCAUUGAAGUGGGUUUUCAGGCUUCUGCGAGCUUGGGGGAGGCUAUGGUGGGGAGUUGUAUACAUGGGUUCUCUAUAAAAUUAGGGAUUGGAUGUGCUUCCUCUGUUCUGGGUUUGUAUUGUAAAUGUGGGUGGUUGAGAGAAGGUUAUGUUGCUUUUAUGGAAUUGGAAGAGAGGGAUUUGAUCUCGUGGACUGAGAUUAUAGCUUUGUAUGCAAGGAUUGGUUUUGGGUUCAAGUGCCUGGAGCUUUUUAAUGGAUUGUUGAGUUCUGCGCUGAGUCCGGAUGGGGUUGUUAUCGGGUGUGCACUAAUGGGAUCUGUGAAAACAGGGGUUUUGAAUCAGGGGAAGUGUGUUCAUGGACUGGUUUUGAGGAGGGGCUUCUUGUUUUCUGAGUUUGAAUUCAACAAUCAGGUUAAUACUUCUUUGCUUUCUAUGUACUGUAAAUUUGGUCAUUUAGAUCUCUCGAGAAAAGUGUUUGAUGCCCUGCCUCAAAGAGUUGCAGAGUCUUGGAGUGCCAUUAUAGUUGGGCUUUUUGAGCAUGGGCAGUGUCUCAAAUGUUUAGAAUUCUUUAGGAAUAUGAAAUUAGGUGGUUUUUGCACCGAUUCAAAUUGCUUGGUCGCUGUCAUCUCCUCAUGUUCACAGUUAGGAGCUCUAUGUUUUGGCAAGAGUGUUCAUUGUUACAUUAUCAAAACCUUAACUGAAUGUGAGGCUUCAGUCUCAGUGGAUAAUUCUCUUAUAGCUAUGUAUUCAGAAUGUGGGGAUUUGGGCACAGCACAUGUGAUUUUUGACAAAACUCAAAGAGAUAUCAUCUCUUGGAACACCAUGAUCGCUGCCCAUGUGCAUAGUGGAAAAGCAAGUGAAGCUCUCUCUCUCUUCAAGCAAAUGCGAGAAGAGAAAAUAGAACUUGAUUCAGUUACACUCGUAAGUGUAUUGCCCGCUUGUUCUCAACUUGCCACUUUAGAAGAAGGUAUUUGGAUACACAAUUACAUCAAUAAUUCAGGUAUAGAAAUCAACAUUCCUUUGGGUACUGCACUAGUUGACAUGUAUGCAAAAUGUGGAGAACUCGAAUCCUCGAAAGAGGUUUUUUAUAACAUGCCUCAAAGAGAUGUAAUCUCUUGGAAUGCUAUGAUUUCUGGUUAUGCUAUGCAUGGCAAAGCCAUGGAUGCAUUUGAAGUCUUUGUCCAAAUGCUAAAAUCAGGCACAAAACCUAAUGAUGUUACAUUUCUUGGUGUUCUCGAAGCUUGUAGCCAUGGAGGACUUGUUAAGUUUGGUAAGAAGCUAUUUGUAACCAUGAAAGCCUACUCUGUUGUGCCAACACUCAAGCAUUAUGCAUGCAUGGUGGACCUUUUAGGGAGAGCAGGCAAUUUGGAUGAGGCCAAUGAAUUGAUAAAUGCAAUGCCUAUGGCUCCAGACCAUGGGAUUUGGGGUGCUUUGCUUGGAGCUUGUAAAAUUCAUGGAGAGAUUGAACUAGGGGAACAAGUUGCUGAACAUUUAUUUCAAUUGGACCCAAACAAUGAUGGGUAUUAUAUUCUUUUGUCGAAUAUCUACGCUUCAGCUAAGAGGUGGAGGGAUGCACAGAGGGUGAGGGACCUGAUGGUGGAGAGAGGAGUGAGAAAGAAGCCCGGUUGGAGCUCAGUGGAAGUUGAGGGUGGAUUUAAUGUGUUUUUGGUGGGUGAUAGUUCUCAUCCUGCAUAUGAAGAGAUGUGUUUUAUAUUGAAAGGACUGUUAAGCCCAAUGGAAGAGCUAGGUUAUGUUCCUAGCACAGUCUAUGAGCCAUAGAACUAGGAGCCUUUGUAAUUGUAAUUUGUUGUCAUUCUUUUGGGUGGGUAAAUUGGGAUAUUAAUUACUAUUGAAACAUCAUGUUUUUCAUUCAUCUUUCAUUCGUAAGUGGGAACUUGAAGGACAUUUUGGCCAUAAGAUCAAAAAGGGGAAAAUCUUCAAGAGGCCAUUGAAAUUCAAAAUUUUGGAUUUGAUUUGUUAUAAAAUGUUAAUAGAGGUUAAUAGAGGAGAUUUGGGUGAUUUAAAGCUCAAGGUUUAUUCAAAAUAUCGAGGAUCAGAGAUCUGGUUACGAAGCAACAUGGUGAUAUGUUUUCUGUCAUGGAGAGUUCUGGAAUAUGUAAUGUGGAUCCUCACCAAGGUAAUGGGAUUGCUUUUGUAAAUUUUUUUUUUAUGUUGUAGCAUCAUUUUGUUAUAAAGCACCCUAUGGUAAAAUUCCUCCUUUUCUGGUGUUCAUUCUUGAAUUACCAUGCUGUAGUCAUUGGCCAACCUUUUUUCUUUUGGGAAGCCUCAGUUCUACUGCCCAAGUCAUUCAUAAUUUCGAACUCGCCACCUGUUUUUUUUUAUCUUCACCCAACUUUCAAAUGUCUUCCAUUAGUGUCACAGCACUUUUAGAUUUUUUUGUUCUUUUUUUAAUUUGUUUCCCAAAAAUCCACUUUUUACCUUCCCAAACCCCAACCAUAGUCCUUCUCAAACCAGAACCCAAAAUCUCAGCCUCCUCUUUCCUCCCGAGUCAAUCUGGUUGAAAAAUACUAGUUACUCUCUGGCUCUCUCUCCAUACCCGAACUUGGAAGCUUCAAGUUGUGUCCGUGGAGAGGAGUUGUAUAAAAAUAAGCAUAUGAUUGUUACCUUGUAGAGUGGCCUGUGAUUUUGAGCUACAGUCUUAUCUAGGACAAGGAAUUGUAGAGAGAGAGGCCUGUGGAUUUUGAGUAGAGGAUAGAAAGAGCCGUUAAUAAGGAAGUGGAGAUGGAAACACCAAGGUCUUUUUGGUUGGAUCUCUUUAUCUCUCUCUCUCUCUCUCUCUUAAGUUCAUUUAUAGGUUUGGAGUAGAUACUUAUAUCUUUAGGUUCCCAACCCAGAUCAUUUCAGUUUUGAAGGCCUUUUAUUAUUGAGUUUCUCUUUAAUUACCAUUCAUAGGAAACUUGUCACCAUGGCAGUUUAAUGACCGUUGGAUUUGGAAUGUACCUACAUAGUCGUGGAUCGAUGCUACCACCAUUCUCCUUAUUGGUUCCACCUUUAACCUUUUAGCCGUGUCCCUUUACCCUACAUAGAAACCUUUUGCAAUACCCAAUGACCUUUGCUGCAGAAUCUCUUCCACAUUAUAGAUUCCCAAACUUGCUUGGUACUAAGGGAGCGAGGUUGUAAUACAGUGCUAAAAUAAAAAUGUAUUAGAC